GAGAGAGAGAGAGUCAUAGGGCAGUCAAGGCAGGUAAAGAAAUCACAUGUCCUCUUCUCGUCUAUGAUACAGCUCUUUUUCUUCUCCUCCAGGAUGAGUCCUGGUUCUGGUUCUGACCCAGUAUCUUUUGCUUCUGCUUUUUUUUAAAGAUGACCCAUGUCCUCUUUCUGUCCUUCCUCCUCAUGACAACAGGAGUCUGGGACGCAGCAGAGUGUUCUUCAGGUGACGGAAAGAGCUUAUGGUAUGGGUCACUGAACCAAAGUGAGUUCUUGUCUGGAACAUUCCCUAAGGGUUUCCUCUGGGGUGUUGGAACUGCAGCAUUCCCAACUGAGGGAUCAUGGGAUCAGGAUGGGAAAGGACUAUCUAUCUGGGAUCACUUUACGCACCGCACUGUUGGAACAGGGAACAACAAUAGCACCUUGACAGCAGACACAGCCAGCGGUAGUUACGUGCUCUGGGAAAAGGACAUUGAGUCAAUUCAGUACCUUGGAGCCAAAUUUUACUCUUUCUCAAUAUCAUGGCCACGUAUUUUCCCAGACGGCGAUGCCACAAGACAACCGAAUCUUGCUGCGGUGGAUCAUUACCGGCGGCUGAUUGGCCAGUUAAAAGCACUCGAUUUGGAGCCCGUGGUGACCCUGUUUCAUUGGGAUUUGCCCCAAAUUCUGCAGGAGGAAUUGGGAGGCUGGAGGAACGUGAAAUUGGUGCAGAUUUUCGCAGACUAUGCUACAUUUUGUUUUAAAACAUUUGGCCAAGAUGUGCGAUACUGGAUCACUAUACACAAUCCACUCCUGAUUGCAUUUCUGGGCUACGGGACGGGGAUUCAUGCGCCAGGGGUGUCCGGUGACCCUGCUGACCCUUUCAUCGUAGCACAUAACCUCAUCAGGGCACACGCUACAGCCUGGCACAUUUACGACAAGCACUUCCGUCCUCAUCAGCAUGGCCAAAUCUCCAUCACACUUGGCUCCUAUUGGGUGGAGCCUUUCAAAGCCCAGGCUACACCAGUGAAUGUGGAGCUAUGUCAGAAAUCUGUGGAAGCCGUGAUCGGCUGGUUUGCAGAACCUAUACAUGGAGGUGGGGACUAUCCAUGGUCCCUACGUUUGUCUCACCCGGCCCUGGUCCCAAAUUUUACACCAGAGGAAAGGCUUUGGGUGCGUGGCACUGCUGAUUUCUUCUCGCUGGCGUAUGGGCCUGAUUCAGUACGCGCAGGAAGAGUUUUGGCCCGUUUUGGCCAGACAGGGGCACUGAACCUGAGAAAAAUUCUGGGCUGGAUCCAGAAAGAGUAUGAGGACCCUCCAGUGCUGGUGGCGGAGAGCAGUUGGUUCUCUGACGCCUCUGUGGGAGUGGAAGACACGGUGGCCAUUUACCUCAUGAAGAGAUUUAUUAACCAGGUGCUUCAAGCGGUGGUCGUGGACCAUGUGAAGGUAUUUGGCUACACAGCCUGGUCUCUGGUGGAUGGGUUUGAGUGGAAUAGCGGCUACAGCAUAAGAAGAGGACUAUUCUACAUCGACUUCAACCAGCCUGAACGCACCAGAGUCCCGAAGUCAACAGCUCAGUACUAUAGGCAGAUCAUCAAGGACAACGGCUUUCUUAAUGAUGAGACGGAGCGAGACAUUAAAGGUCAUUUUCCCUGCAAUUUCCAGUUUGGAGUAGCAGACUUUAUCCUGCAGGUCCAUCUACAGCCGUUUUCACCUCAGUUCACUGAUCCUGUGCUGUAUCGGUGGAACUUCAGCGGCGAUGGCUCCCUCCAUCCUGUUUCAGGAGUAACUCUUCGCACCCGUGGCUCCCAGUGCACUGACUUUCUCGCUAUUCAACAUCACAUCCACCUUCUAGAAGUCACAGGGACAUCGCAUUACAGAUUUGCCCUGGAUUGGCCUCGGCUUUUCCCAAAUGGUGACAUCCUGUCUGCAGAUGCAGUAACGGUGCGAUAUUACCACUGCAUGCUAACUGAGCUCCAGAAGAAGGGAAUCAGUGUAGCUGUAACACUCUACCACCCCAGCCUCAGGUCACACACACUGGGUUUACCAAUGUUGCUACAUGCCCAAGGUGGAUGGAUGAAUACAAGUACGAGUGAUGCCUUUGUUGACUAUGCCACGUACUGCUUUCAAAGGUUUGGGUCACUUGUGGAUGUCUGGAUCACUGUUAAUGAACCAAAUCGUCUGACAGAAGCAUAUAAUGUGAGUGCAGGAGAAAGAGAUACGGUAGUGCGUAAUGUCUUGAUGGCACAUGCUCGUGCAUGGAAUAUUUACCAAACACAUUUCCGACAACACCAGGGAGCGACGAUAAGUUUUGCACUCCAUGCUGAUUGGGUGGAACCAGCCAAUCCCUUUGUAGAAUCUCACGCCAGUGCUGUCCAACACUUCCUGUUCUUUGAACUUGGACGUUUCCUUGAUCCGAUUCUACAGGACGUAGACUACACUGAUACAAAUAGCUGCCAUAACUGCUUCCGUAUGCCACACUUUUCUAGGGAUGAAAGGUCUCAGCUUAAAGGGGCCCUAGAUUUUAUUGCACUCAAUCACUUCACAACUCGUCUGGUUUACCCAAAAUUGAGACAAGACCUCGAACCUAGUUCAUCAGUCCAUGAUUAUGGCUGGUCGUUCAUGACGGAUCCAACAUGGGUGUCCUCUAACAAGGGCCAAGCUCUUGUGCCUUGGGGGCUCCGCAGUGUCCUGAGGUGGGUGAAGAAUCGCUAUGGUAACAGUCAUCCUGUCAUUAUCACAGCCACGGGGAUUGAUGACCAGGCAUCCCAUAAUGACCACCUGAGGCAAAGAUACUUAAAGAGCUACAUGGAGGAAGCACUAAAGGCUCGUGAGCUUGAUGGAGUUGAUGUGCGUGGUUUUUACGUCUGGAAGCUACAAGAUCAUCACACUCCAGAUUUUGGAUUCUUCCUCUCCUCCCACCAUCGCUCCCGACCCAAAGCCUCUGUCUCAAUUUACCGCCAGCUUAUUACUCAACGUGGCUUUCCCUCCAUCUCCGAUUCAUUGACCUCGCCUUGCGAGCCAAGCGUGAUUCCAGCCGAGUGUUGGAUCUGUGAGAACAAACCACUGCUCUUCUUUGGCGUGUGUAUCACGAUCAGUGUGUCUGUGCUGGCCGGCGUCAUGGUUACUGGCGUGAUGAGGAGGAGCAGGAGGAAGAGGAGGAUGAAAACGAGGAAGAGGAAGAUGAACCAAGCCGUGAGAAGGGUGGUGUACAGAAUCUGAAGACCUUUCUCUAUUGGCAAGAAGAAGUCCACACCUUCUUCCCUGUCACUUAAAGAUGGAGUUUAGCAAAAAAAAAAAAAAAAAGAAA